AAAACUUUCGCCUCCGUGUGUGCCGUCGCAGCUUGGGAGACGUGAAGCUGUCGGUGGAAGGUUCGUUGCAAUCGCGAGAACAGGAAGGUGUGGGACCCUUUCUACACGUCCCGCCAAUUCCCCUCUCGGCAAUGUCAGAUAUUCGGCUCACCGACAGCUUCUCUUCCUGUAGUUUAUUCGCAGUGAGCUAGGUCACGGCUCUCGGCAGAUUCAUCACCAAUUACAGCUAAGCGUAUGCAUACCCUAAAUAAAUACGCAAUACCCAUAAGUAAGAUUAGCUUCUUGACCUAAAGCUAAGCAUUUUGGAUGGGAGGAGAGGGAAUGAGAAUACCCACCAUUCUCUCUCUCUCUGCGUAUACACCCAUUGGCCAUUGAGGCACUUGCAGAAGAUUGAUGCGCCUGGAUCUCUGAAGAACAAGAGUUACCAUCCAUAUUUGUUCUUGGAGUUUCACUUAAUCUUGCAUUUCGAUUGAGAAGUUCCUAGGUUCAAUACAAGGAGACAAGGAGUUGAGUAACACUGAACUCAUAACCAAGAAUGGAAAUGUUAGCACCCGAAACAUAUUCGUUGAAUUACUUGAGACUUGGUCUCAAAGGAUCUGGCAAGGGAAAAUCAAGAAAACCUCAAGUCCUUUCUAUUAUUUCAAUGCUUCUUGAGAAUUCUGUUAAGAAAAAUGAAAAGUGUAUGACAAGUAUAGCAGACAAAGAUCCCGUUACCGUAUUCCAUGGUUCAAGAGCCCCCGCUCUAAGCAUUCAACAAUACGUGGACCGUAUCUUCAAAUAUGCCUGUUGUAGCCCCUCCUGCUUUGUGGUAGCACACAUAUAUAUGGAGAAAUUCAUCCAAUGCACCAGCUCUUUUUUGACUUCCAUUAAUGUUCAUCGGCUUUUGAUUACAAGUGUAAUGGUGGCUGCAAAGUUUAUUGAUGAUGCGUUUUUCAACAACGCAUAUUAUGCAAGGGUGGGUGGUGUGAGCACUGCAGAAAUGAAUAUACUGGAGAUGAAGUUUUUGUUUGGUCUCGAUUUUAGACUUCAAGUUAGUGUGCAGACAUUCGAGAACUACUGUACACUCUUAGAAAACGAAGGAAAGAGCAUGACGAUGACGCUACAAAUUGAGCGUUCAUUACAGGCCUACUGUGGAAUCAAAGAGAGCUGCUGGUCAAACAAAGAAGACUCCACCUCUGCCCAAAUUGCUAGAUAACCUAUCCCUUGAUACUCAAGUGAUGUGUGGAGUCCAUGUGUACAUCUAUCUGGGAUUCAGAGAGCAUUUUACAUGUUUGUGGGUCCCUCGAGUCGUGGAUAUGAGGUGUAUAGGUUGAUGAUGUAUAUGAUCAACCUUGGUUUUGUCUGGCACCAUCUUUAUUUGUUGCUGUUGUUGUGCGUAAGGUGUACGUGUACCCUAAUUCCUAAUGAUGUUCCACUUAUUCAGCUUGCAUAUCAUUGCCUGGUUAUAUAUACAGAAGAGGAGGAGAUGCCUCAUUGUAUGCCUGGUAUUUUUGUUAGUUUUGUAUCCCUAAUCACUGAGUAUGUCUCUCCUAAAAGGUCUCUUCUAAAAGGUGUUCUAGAGUGUGAGAGGUGACUAAUUUGUUACCUGACAUUAAUAAUAAUGGGCGGGGUAUUUAGGUUGUAUACAACAUGCGAUUACUUCCUAGCAUCAGGAGUGGUGGAUAGACUCCUAGCCAGCUCGGAGGUCCUCAUUGAGUUCUGGAUUCCCUAAAGUUUUGGACUAUAUUGAGAUAUUCUAUAGAACAUAUUGAACUCCUUAAAUGGUGCCUCUUUACUCUCUAAUAUUUGCCUUUUCUACACUAGUGAAAACAUAUACAUAACACACUUCACUCAUCAAAUAAGUUGUUUUAUGAACAAGCCAACAAACUAGUAUAUCAUGCCGGUAGGCCCGGUACUAUAGUAGCUAAACUAGAAGGGGAAGGAGAGACGACUUUGGGCUUUGUA